GCCACGGACGUGCAUCGAGGACAAAGCAUAUUCGUUCAUUCUUAGCCUCUCCCCACCGCUAUGAAGGUAGUGAUCAAGAACUGGCAUGCAAUUGCACAAUGGCGAUGGGACACUGGCUCUGCGGAUGUGGACGAUGAUGCCGAGGGCGACGUAUGUGGUAUCUGCCGCGUGCCCUAUGAAGGCUGUUGUCCCUCAUGCAAGAUGCCUGGAGAUGACUGCCCGCUGAUCUGGGGGGAAUGCAGCCAUGUAUUUCACAUGCACUGUUUGCUGCAGUGGAUAGGAACGGCAGCGUCCAAGCAACAGUGUCCAAUGGACAGAAGGCCAUGGGUAACGGCUGAGCGGAAAGUUGAUCAUCAAGGCGGGAGGUGAUCCUCUGUCUCUCGUGUAUUCGCCCUGGGAUUUCUCGGUUCGAAAUGUAUCAAUGCGCGGGAUGUAUAGUAGUAAGCUGCAUGGGACAUCUAGAGUAUUCUUCCAGAUUCCAUACGUUCAUGGACCUUUUUUGGUGAAGAGUUGAUGAUCCUAUUCCACCAGCGACCGGAU